AUGUCCGACCUCAAAACAGCAAAGGAUUCUCUCGUGGCAUCCCUUUUCGAAUUAUCCAAGGCUGCCCAAGACGCUGCCGCUGCCACCGUCAACUUCUACAAGCUCGUGUCUGACGAUACUCUGGCCGACCCCAGCGAUGCCUUGCAAAGCUUGGGAGAGACCUUGAAGCGGAUCUCUGAGAUCGAAGGUGAGGACAUCGCCAGUGUGGCCAAUGCUGCCAAUGUGGGCGAAAAGCCAAAGAAGAAGAAGGCUGAAAGGGAUCCAAAUGCCCCCAAGAAGCCGUUGACCAUCUACUUUGCCUUUGCUUUCCACACCCGUGAAGUGAUCAGAGAACAACGCAAGAGAGAAGGCAAGCCUGCGUUGUCUGCAAUUGACAUGAACGAGCUCGUCAAGGACAGAUGGAACAACAUCUCCAAGGAAGACAAGGAAUACUGGCAAACCAAAUACGCAGGCGAGCUCAAGGCGUACCAGAAGGAAAAGGAAAAGUACAAGCAGUCGUUGGACGAAGCGCAAGCCAUUGCACAACAGGCUCCUGUCGCCCAAGAGGUGGCUGCCGCUGCUGCUGCCCAGAACGCAUUGCCAGAAACCUUAGAGGCCAAUGGCUUACUUUUGGAUAUCGAAAAGAAGGAGAAGGAAAAGAAGAAGGAAAAGAAGAGAAAGUUG